CAACUUUCAACAUUGCAGCGACACAGCGCACAACAAAAGUUGUGGCUGCUGCGACUUGGGCUUCUUGUUCACAAUUCAGUUUUCAAUCAAACGUUGGACCGCGUAGUUUGAAAAAUUGAAGCCGGAACAGCGGAGCAGGAAAACAGAGAAAUACGAGAAAAUUUAAGAAAAAUUAAUUACAGUUAAAAACAUUUCAUUCAAUAAACCGAAAGUAAUCUGCGUUUGUGGUUUUGCAAAAUUUGCGGUUUGAUCGUGUGUGAAAAAUUCAGUUUAUAUCUUAAAUCAGUUCAUUAAAUCGAAACCAUUUUGCAGACAUUAAUAAAUGAGAAAUGCGCGCUAAAACUUUUUUUUAAUAAUUAUUAUUAAUAAAGAAACCAUUGAUUUUUCAAAAGUUUAUUUAUAAAAAUUUCGUAAGCGGAAAAAUAAUUCCAGUGUUAAUUUUGCUUUGGGAAACUCGAAAACCACAGUCAAUAAAUAUAGGAAAAACAUUUUUGAUACUUAAGAAAGUCAAUUUGGUACUCAUUUAGAAGUGCUGAUUAUUUCUGGCACUUUUCUUGGCAUGUCUGCAGAUACCUGCUGUUCCCGUUCAUAUGGCAUAGCACAGAGCACCGGAAAGGUUUCAAAGUACGACAAAAUGUCUUCAGUAUCUACAGAGGCAACAUUUACAUUUAAGGUAGCCCCAAAGCGCGGGAGUACGAAUGGUGCUAGUAUAAGUGCCAGCAGUAGCGUUGGUUCCAGUGAGUUAUCAGAUCCAUUAGACUCAGAUUACAGUGAAGAAGCAGAAGAAGAACAGAGUAAAUCAGAACAGACAGAAGAUUCAGAGGAGAGUAAAAAUAAAGAUGAUGGUAAUGAAACAGAUGAUGAAAGCGAAAGUGUUGAAACAACCAAAAGUGCUAGAAAAUAUCAUUUAGACGAUUUUCAAAUGAUCAAAACUGUGGGUGAGUGUUAA